UCUCAUAGUCAUGGCCGUCGAUGACAUUUUGCACACUUCUCACCCUCUUCUUCAUUCCAAUGGAGCUCAUGCCAACAACAACAAGAAAAACAACAACUUUGUGUCAUUGGCUAAAUGGGUUCUCAAAUUUACCAUGUGGAUUGUAUUCCUUGCAUGGGUUGCUCUGUUUUUUGUCAUUCCUACAGAUUUCGGGAGUGAACUCUAUGCUGACUGGAUUGGUGCAACCAAUGAAAGCCUAUUUGGAUACACAGGGAGUUAUUUGCUGUUAUACAGUGGCCCAAUUAUCAUUAUUGCUUUUCUUGCUGUUCCAUAUCUUCUCAUCUCUGGGGAACACCAACUACAACUACAAGAGAAGAAGACUCCAAGAUUCCGACUUUGGACUUUUCCUGUUCUUGUGGAUGGACCACUAGGGGUUGUUUCCGCUGCUGAAUUGAUUGGCAUAAUCCUCUUUAUCGUGUUUGUUUUCUGGGAUGUUUAUGUCUAUACUGCAUUAACUUUUCAAAUUAUUCCUAGUUUUUUUGAAAAUUUCAGUUGUUUCAUCAUGUUAAGACUGGGACUUCGCUUUGGUACUAUCGGAUUAGAUUGCUUGGCCUUUUUGUUUCUUCCCGUUGCAAGGGGAUCGGUUCUUCUCCGCCUAAUAGAUAUCCCUUUCGAGCAAGCAACAAGAUAUCAUGUGUGGCUUGGACAUCUCACUAUGCUAUUGUUUACUCUCCAUGGACUAUUCUAUGCAAUUGCAUGGACAAUUGAGGGACACAUCCUAGACGAGAUGUUUCAGUGGGUAGAUCUCGGUGUUUCUCAUUUUCCAGGCAUUAUAAGUCUAGCAGUUGGUCUAUUGAUGUGGAUGACAUCACUUCAUCCAGUGAGAAAGAAGAAGUUUGAGUUAUUCUUUUACACUCAUCAACUAUAUGUAAUCUUUAUUGUCUUUUUAGCUUUGCAUGUUGGGCAUUUCUUGUUCUGUGUAUCUGCUGGAGGAAUAUUUCUUUUCAUUCUAGAUCGCUUUCUAAGAUUCUGUCAAUCACGAAAGACCGUUGAUAUCAUUUCAAUCAAGUGCCUUUCUUGUGGAACUGUGGAAUUGGUGCUUUCAAAACCUGCAAAUCUGCAGUACAAUGCUCUCAGUUUUAUUUUCCUUCAAGUUCGGGAAUUAUCUUGGCUGCAGUGGCAUCCUUUCAGUGUUUCAUCUAGUCCUCUGGAUGGUAAAUAUCAUCUAUCCGUUCUCAUUAAGGUUAUUGGGGAAUGGACAGAAAAGCUCAGAGGUAAUAUCCUGAAUAGUUUUGAAGCUGACCUACAUCUCCGGCCUCAAACAAAGAUAACAGCUUCUGUUGAGGGGCCUUAUGGGCAUGAAUUACCAUAUCACUUGAUGUAUGAAAACCUUAUUUUAGUAGCAGGAGGCGUAGGAAUUUCACCAUUUCUGGCUAUCUUGAGUGACAUUCUCCAUCGUACUAGGGAAGGAAAAUCUUGUUUGCCUCGAAACAUCUUGAUUGUUUGGGCUGUGAAAAGAUCAAAUGAGCUUCCUCUUCUUUAUACCAAUGAUUUGGAAUCAAUCUAUCCAUUUUUUUUGGAUAAACUAAAUCUUGAGAUUCACAUUUUUGUCACUCAAGAAUCACAACCUCCACUGGAAGAGGGUCAAGCACAUGAGGUUACAAACUCUUCUCCUCCUGUGUCUAACAGUUGCAGCAUGUCAGUUUUGGUUGGUACAGGAAAUAAUAUAUGGUCUGGACUAUAUGUUAUCUCGUCUACACUAGGCUUUGUUAUCUUACUGUAUUUACUGGAUACUUUCUACAUAAACCCUUAUGACAUAUCUCCAUGGUGGUACAAAGGGCUUCUCCUUCUAAUAUGCAUGCUUGCAAGUGUCUUUAUCUUUGGGGGUGUUGUGGUUGGUUUGUGGCAUCUUUGGGAAAGACGAAAUGCAGCAACGGAGGCAUGCAAGGAUAAUAGGAUAAUGGUUGAGAAGAUGCAGCAUAAUGAAAUUUUAGCUCACACGGAGUCAUGUCAGCAAAAACUUGCAAGUUCAGUCAAUACUUAUUAUGGUUCAAGACCAGACUUCAAAGAUAUCUUUGGGGAUAUAUCAGAGAAAUGGGGCUACGUUGAUGUUGGUGUUAUUGUGUGUGGUCCUCUAAGUCUUCAGACAAGCGUUGCUAAAGAAAUCAGGUCACAGAAUAUUAUGAGACAACGCCGUCAUCCAAUCUUCCAUUUCAACAGCCAUAGUUUUGAUCUGUAGGCACCACCUUCAUCAUCUCAUCUUCCCCUUAAUGUAAUCAAUUAUCUUA